UCAGGCUGUAAUUUGGAGAUUGGGUUUACAAAUGAGGCUGGCAAGAGAAGAGUUCUCGGAAGAAAGGAAGCGAAGGAGGAAGUCGAAAAAAGGCCCUCGAAUUGUUUCUUACAUCAUUUCACAAUCUGUCAGUUUACGCACGGCUCACUUUUCUGACAGGAGAAGAAGUCAGACUCUGCAGAGAAGUAAGGAUGGCCGUCUGGGACAUAAAGACCCUCUGGGGCUUCAUGUUGGUGCUGACAGGUGCUGCGGGUGUGGGUGUGGACUAUCCAGAUCACGUGUGUGCUGUUAAAGGAUCGACCGUCACCCUCCUCUGCACCUUCACACCAGUUGAGUCUGUCACUGUGAAUCAAAGAACAAUUCCGAUACAUAUCAAAAGAGUCCGCUGGUGCCAGAACCAUAGAAUUUGCCAGGGGAACCACUCGUCUGUGUACGACAGCCAAUCAGAAAGAAACGACUCUCGUUACAAAUACCUGGGAGACAAGACGAGAAACUGCACCUUACAGAUCACAGAGAUACAGAAAAAAGACGAAGCAACUUUUCGCUUCAGAAUGGAAGCUAAUGACGUGAGAGGACAUUUUACUGAUCAGUCAGGAGUGAACGUCACAGUCACUGAUGACACUCCAAUGAGGAUAACGAGCUCCAGUGGUGACAGUCCCAUGAGAGGAGGCGAAAACGUCACUCUGUACUGCACUGCAGCCUGUACUUUCCACCAGCUGGAGGUCACCUGGCUCAAGGAUAACCUCAAACUCCCAGAGUCUGGCACCGCCCUCCAGCUCAGCCCUCUGACUGCAAAGGAUUCUGGGAACUACACCUGCAGUUUGAAGACUAGCGCCCAUCAUUCCCAGCCAUUCAGUCUGCAUGUGGAGGAGGACGAGGUUGGUGGAAGCUUUUCUGGUCUGGCAGUCGGUGUGGUGUUCGGUGUCCUGCUGGCUCUGUUCACUCUCACUUUGGUCCUCUUCAUCAUCAGGAGGAAGCGAGCGGCGGUGGCAGGUAGAGAUCAGAGCCUUGUGGGAGGUGACCUGGGACAAAAGCAUCCUCAGAACAUCUGCAGCCACGUCCUGCCGCUGGAGGAGGAGGGAGGGACUCACCGACAGGAAACCAGCCAGGCUGUGGACGACGUCAGCUACGCCGCCAUCCAGUUCAGUCGUGCCAACCAGACCGGAGAGGCGAUGGAGGCGCAGGACGCCAUCAUCUACACUUCAGUGGCCAACAGAAGAUGAAGUCACAUCUGGUUCACACCCGCAGGACUUACAGAGGAGUCUUUAAGUCCCACUUGCAGCCGUGACAUCACAGGAAGUCAUUUGUGCUCAUCUGUCGCUUACUUUGAUGAGGGUGGACUUUAUCAGCAGUCAUUAUGUUGCACCAGCCUGUCGUUUAACUGUUCAGAACGUCCAGCACGCUGAUCUAAUCUCAAUCAGGCAAUAUCUUCAUGAAACUGGUCGAUGAUGUAAAUGUCUAAGUCCUUUAAUAUUUGUGUUUAAGUGUGUUGCAGUUUCCCCUAAAACGUAACACCGUAACACAUUCAUCUCCGUGGAGAUGAAUGUGUCUGUCCAUUUCCUCAUGAAAGCUAAAGUUGGAAACAUGAACGCAAAGCCUACACGUCCACAAACUGCUGUGAUGUCGUAGCACCACAGCUGCUCAGGUGAUCCAACAGCAAUGCCUUCUGGGAGCUGAAGUCCGCUCCUCUUCUGUUGCUAUGGACACAGUCUGGGAUCUGUGAGGCAGGAUUUUGUCUCAUUGUUUGUACUCAUUAUGUUUGUAUUGACUUGCUUCAGAUUUUCUUAGCUCAGAUUUAGUUUUAGUUUUGCAUUCAUAUUUCUUUAUUCUUUUUGUAGCGUGUUUUAUUUUAUGUCUUGUGGUUUUGUAAGAAAAUUGCCAAAGAUGGAUUUAAUUUAAUCUGAAACAAACUGAGAAUUCCUGCUUCAGUUUCUGAAGGAAAUGUAAUAUUUUCAAACAAGACAAUGAAGUUUUAUGGCUCUGA